CGGGCCCUGGCCUGGCACAGACACACACACUCUCAGUAGACACCCUCACUCCUCUCCCUCUCACACGCUCUCCAACCAAGGAGGCCAGACAGAGAGACGUGGUCAUUCUCUGAAAGGUUCAACUCGAGAGAGACAACAUGCAGUGGGCUUCCCUCCUGCUGCUGGCAGGGCUCUGCUCCCUUUCCCGGGCCCAAUAUGAGGAAGACUCCCACUGGUGGUUCCACUACCUCCGCAGCAACCAGCAGUCCACCUACUACGACCCCUAUGACCCUUACCCUUAUGAGCCCUAUGACCCUUACCCCUAUGGGGGAGAGGAAGGUCCAGCCUAUGCCUACGGCUCUCCACCCCCACCAGAGCCCCGCGACUGCCCCCAGGAGUGCGACUGCCCCCCCAACUUCCCCACAGCCAUGUACUGUGACAACCGCAACCUCAAGUACCUACCCUUCGUCCCCUCCCGCAUGAAAUACGUCUACUUCCAGAACAAUCAGAUCUCUUCCAUCCAGGAGGGCGUUUUUGACAACGCCACUGGGCUGCUCUGGAUUGCUCUCCAUGGCAACCAGAUCACCAGUGAUAAGGUGGGCAAGAAGGUCUUCUCCAAGCUGAGGCACCUGGAGAGGCUGUACAUGGACCACAACAACCUGACCCGGAUGCCUGGCCCACUGCCUCGAUCCCUGAGGGAGCUCCAUCUCGAGCACAACCAGAUCUCGAGGGUCCCCAACAACGCGCUGGAGGGGCUGGAGAACCUCACGGCCUUGUACCUCCAACACAACGAGAUCCAGGAAGUGGGCAGUUCGGUGAAAGGCCUCCGGUCACUGAUCUUGCUGGACCUGAGUUACAACCACCUUCGGAAGGUGCCUGAUGGACUGCCCUCAGCCCUUGAGCAGCUGUACCUAGAGCACAACAAUGUCUACUCGGUCCCCGACAGCUACUUCCGGGGGUCGCCCAAGCUGCUGUAUGUGCGGCUGUCCCACAACAGUCUCACCAACAGUGGCCUGGCCUCUAACACCUUCAAUUCCAGCAGCCUCCUUGAGCUCGAUCUCUCCUACAACCAGCUGCAGAAGAUCCCCCCAGUGAACACCAACCUGGAGAACCUUUACCUCCAAGGCAAUAGGAUCAAUGAGUUCUCCAUCAGCAGCUUCUGCACCGUGGUGGACGUCAUGAAUUUCUCCAAGCUGCAGGUGCUGCGCCUGGACGGGAACGAGAUCAAGCGCAGCGCCAUGCCGCCCGACGCACCCCUCUGCCUGCGCGUCGCCAGCCUCAUCGAGAUCUGAGUGGCCCACGCACUGGGCGCGGGGCCAGAGCCCCCGUGCCCCUCUGCAUUUGGCUUGAUGGUUUGGUUUGGCUUUUGCUGUAAGGUCUGGGACAGACCAUGUGACAGAAGUCCAUGGGCUCCCUCUACAGUUUUCUACCCUGUAGGCAAGUUCAGGUGGAAUCAGGGGACAGGCAGCCUUCUUCUGAGGGACAUGAAACUCUCCUUUCCAGGACAGAAGUGGUGGCAGACUUCUUCAGGGACUUCUGUCCCUGAAGUCCCAACCCCAGAAAUCUCAUUACCCGUUCUUCACAACGAUCUGGUGCCGUGAACCCUAAAAUUUGCUUGAGCAAUAGUACAUAACCUUACUUUUUAAACCAUCACUGAUUCUGUCUGUGAGCAGCGCUUGACAGCUCUGCCAUGUGCUGGGCUAGGUGUGCAGUUACUCUGGGCUCCCACUCGCUGCUUCUCAAUAUAUACCUCUUUGGCCAACUGCCUCCUCUUAAGUCCACCUCAUCCACUCAACAUGGCCCCACAGACACGUCUUCUCUGCCUUGGGCAGAGGCAGGAGACCCCAAGGCAUGUGCUCAUCUGCCCAGUGCCUGUGCAGAGAACUCACACUCGCAUCUGAGGUUGGAAGGACACCAAGAGUCACCUCUACACCAGAGGUCACCAGUAUGAUGACCAUGUUCUUGGCUUGAUGUGGGAGGAGAAAAGCAAC